AUGACGAGCACGCGAACCAAGAUCGGCCACGGCCUGGCCAAGGUCCUGGGCAUCAAGCUCCAGGAGAACGAGCCACAGGAGGAGAUGCUUCGCGGCGAGUCUGUCAUAUCCACUCAGAGCUUCGUUGAGGAGCAGCCCACGUCGGCCGAAUGGCUUGCCGAGCUGGUGCCCGACGCCGAGUUCUGCAGGAAAUACGUCAAGUCGCUGUUCCCCUUCAUCAACUGGAUCGGCUACUACAACGUCGGCUGGCUCAUUGGCGACUUGGUUGCCGGUAUCACCGUUGGCGCCGUCGUCGUGCCGCAGGGCAUGGCCUACGCACUGCUUGCGAACCUCGACCCGGAGUUUGGCCUGUAUUCCUCCUUCAUGGGUGUCCUCAUCUACUGGUUCUUCGCCACGUCCAAGGACAUCACCAUUGGUCCCGUCGCUGUUCUGUCGACCGUCGUCGGCAACAUUAUCAGCAGGACGCGUGACGAAUUCCCGCAAUACGCACCCCAUGAGAUCGCCUCGGCCCUCGCCAUCAUAUCUGGCGCGAUCGUGCUGUUCAUCGGCCUCAUCCGCAUGGGUUGGAUCGUCAACGUCAUCUCUCUCACGUCCCUGUCCGCCUUCAUGACCGGUUCGGCCAUCAGCAUCGCUGUCGGCCAAACGCCCACCAUGAUGGGCAUCAAGGGCUUCUCGACGAGGGAGGCUACCUACAAGGUCUUCAUCAACACCUUGAAGGGCCUGGGCCGCACGAAGAUGGACGCCGCGAUGGGCCUGUCAGCGUUGACCAUGCUGUACGUGAUUCGCUCCGCCUGCUCGUACGCCGCCAAGAGGUGGCCCGCUCGCCAGCGCCUCUUCUUCUUCCUCUCUACCCUGCGCACCGCCUUUGUCAUUCUGCUGUACACCAUGAUCAGCUGGCUCGUCAACAUGAACAGGCGCAAACACCCUCUCUUCAAGAUCCUCGGCAACGUGCCGCGAGGCUUCCAGGACGUCGGUGUGCCUCGCAUGGACCAGGGUCUCAUCUCCGCUUUCGCAUCAGAGCUUCCAGCCACCGUCAUCGUCUUGGUCAUCGAGCACAUUGCCAUCUCCAAGUCGUUCGGCCGUGUCAACAACUACCAGAUCGACCCUUCCCAGGAGUUCGUGGCCAUUGGUGUCACCAACAUCUUCGCCCCUUUCCUCGGCGGUUUCCCCUCGACAGGUUCUUUCAGCCGAACGGCCAUCAAGUCCAAGGCCGGUGUCAAGACGCCGUUUGCUGGUGUCAUCACCGGUCUCGUCGUGCUGCUCGCCAUCUAUGCCCUGACUGCCGUCUUCUUCUACAUUCCCAGCGCAUCGCUCUCGGCCGUCAUCAUCCACGCCGUCGGCGAUCUGAUCACGCCCCCGAACACCGUCUACGGAUUCUGGCGCGUGUCCCCGCUCGAGUGUAUCAUCUUCUUCAUUGGUGUCUUUGUCACCAUCUUCUCGUCUAUUGAGAACGGCAUCUAUGCCACGGUCGCCAUCUCGGCUGCCAUGCUCUUCUGGCGAAUCCUUCGUGGCAGGGGCCGCAUCCUUGGCAAGGUCAAGAUUCACUCCGUGAUUGGCGACCAUGUCAUCGGCGAGGACCACCGCCAGAUCGUUGGCGAGUACGGCACCUUCGACCCUCAGGACAACGCCGCUCGCAACGUCUUCCUCCCCGUGGACCACGGCGACGGCUCCAACCCCGAGGUUGAACUCGAUAACCCCUAUCCCGGUAUCUUCAUCUACCGCUUCUCCGAGGGCUUCAACUACCCCAACGCUGCGCACUCGCUCGAGUACCUCGCCGACUACAUCUUUGCCCGCACGCGCCGCACGAACCUGGAGACGUUUGACAAGCUCGCCGAUCGCCCCUGGAACGACCCUGGCCCCUCUCGCAAGGCCACCAAGGCCGCGGCGCAGCGUCAGGCCGUCGAGGGCCGCCCGACUCUCAAGGCCGUCAUUCUCGACUUCAGCUCGGUCAACAACGUCGACAUCACGUCGGUCCAGCAGCUCAUCGACGUCCGCAACCAGCUCGACCGCUACGCGUCCCCCGACGUCGUCGACUGGCACAUUGCCUGCAUCAACAACCGCUGGACCAAGCGCGCCCUCGCCGCCGCGGGCUUCGGCUACCCGACCGAGAGCCACUCGGGCAUGCAGCACCGCUGGCGCUCCAUCUUCAGCGUCGCCGAGAUUGGCGGUUCCGACUCGGCCGCCGCCGUCGCCGAGAAGCAGGCCAACCAGCGCGAGUUUGCGUCGCAGCUCAGCCGGGCCGCCGACGAGGAGGCGGCGCUCAAGCUCGCCGAGGACGACGACGAGCCGCGCAAGGCGAGCGGGUCGGCUGACCGCAGGACGAACGUGCACGUCGGAGCGAAGAGGCGCGGCGUCGUCGUGCACGGCCUCAACAGGCCGCUGUUCCACGUCGAUCUGACGAGCGCCAUGCAGAGCGCCAUUGCCAACGUCGAGGCCAGGGAGGAGCAUGUCCAGGCCCAGAUUCAGGACAAGGUGCAGGACUCGUCGACGACGCAGUGA